AUGAGAGAAGAUAAUUUGCGAGUAUUACAUAUUAGCGAUUUACAUCUCGAUUCAAAAUAUACACCAGGUUCGGAAGCUAAUUGUAGCAGUGAGCUUUGUUGUCAUAUGAAACCCGAAUCAAACGGAUCAACAAUAACACAACCAUCCGGUUACUGGGGUACUCCUGCCGUAUGCGAUAUACCAUAUCGAACGGUAGAAAAUAUGUUACAAAAUAUUCAAAAACUUGGAAAGAUUGAUUAUAUAUUGGUCGGAGGUGAUUAUGAAUCACAUAUGGAUUGGACAUAUACCAAAGAGAAUCAUUUGGAAACAAUUCGAAAUCUUUCAACAGUUUUGCAUAAAUACUUUGAAAAUACACCAAUCUAUUGGACAUUGGGUAACCACGAAGGUGUUCCCGUUGAUAGUUUUGCACCGCAUUAUAUCCCGGAGAAGUAUCGUCCACAAUGGCUGUACGAUGAAUUGCAACAGUUAGAGGGACCGCUUCUUGAUAUGAAAUCAAUUGAAACUGUUAAAUACCGUGGCUCUUACAUAGUGCAACUCCAUCCAGGACUGAAACUUAUAUCAUUGAACAGCGGUUACUGCGAAACUUCCAACUUUUGGCUACGCAUUAACGAAACGGAUCCGGACGGUACUUUAAGUUGGCUGGUUGCGGAACUUAAACAAGCGGAACUUGAUGGUCAGUAUGUGCAUAUUCUAUCGCAUAUACCACCCGGUGAUGGUGAAUGUCUGGAAAGUUGGGCAAGAAACUAUUAUAAGAUUAUAGCAAG